CUGUUAUAUAUAUGGGUCUAUAUAAUACUCAUAACAGGAGCACUAUUGUGCACGGUUGCACGAAGAGCUUUAGGCAUUAUUUUACUCUUAUUUCACUAGUGUUGUAGGUUACUAUAACGGAUGAUGGCGAAUUCGCUGCGUUUAUUUCUAAAAUGUUCAUUUAUGCUAAUGUCUUCGUACUACACGCUACCGUUUCUGGUGAAACUCUGCGUGGGGCUGGUUAAUAACUUUUUCGCCUCAUCCGUGUCCUUUAAUAUGGACACACUUUUCAUCAAUUGGAACACCUCCUUUCCGGCCAUAACGGUUUGCGAGAUCUACAAUGGUGAGAAAAUUUGGGAUAUGAGCGAGCAAUACUUCGGCACGGACCACGAUCUGCAAAUGGACGAUUUCGUCGGUGAAGUGGUCUUCUUUCGUGGCACCUGUACAACAUGCGACAAAUGCGAUUAUAUAAAGUGUCCGCAGAACUUCACCGAGUUGUUGGCACGGUUUCGUGGCAAAUGCGCACAAUUGCUGCUCAAUUGUCGUUAUACAAACAAACACUUCAAUUGCUGCGAUGAGUUUCUGCCGAUUCACACCGAAUAUGGCAUAUGCUUUGCAUUCAAUUCGAAUCAGGCGCGCAAAAACGCACAAAUGCAGUUCGCCAGUAGUCGCGAAACUGGACCAGGCAUACUGCGAUUUGACGCCUCUGCCGACAUCCAGCUGCAUAUACACCCACCCAUCGACAUACCACUUCACUUCUUCGAGAGUACUAUUCGCGAGACUGUGUUGCUUGGCAGCUCCAAAGAGAUCAUCAUCAAUGUCAUGGAGGUAUACAAUCAUCCUAGCGUCUAUCAGCUUUCGUUGGAUCAGCGCCGUUGUCGCUUCAGCAACGAACGCACAGAUUGGGGACUUGAAGUGGGUCUCUAUGAGUUCUAUAGCUAUUCCACUUGUAUUGUUGAGUGCGGUCUGAAAGCACAACUGGAACAUUGCAAUUGCAGCAGUCAUUUUCUAGCGCCUGCAGUGAAAACGCAAAGUGGAGCUGUGCCCAUGUGCGAUUAUCGCGGCUUAAGUUGUCUCACAAAGUAUUAUGAUGAAAUACAGUUGGAGCGCAAAUCGUGUGAUUGUAUGAGUUCGUGCGAGGAACCUGAAUACAAUAUCGUUUAUAGUUCGCCAGAUGGCGAGAGUGAAAGUGAUAUGGAUGUCACGCAGGUGCAUGUCGCACUCGUUGAACUACCGACGCAACGUUAUAUACGACGAGUUACUAAGACACCGCUAGACUUGUUAAUUUCGGUGGGCGGCAUUGCUGGACUUUUCUUUAACGCCUCCAUUGUGCGGCUCAUUGAAGUGAUAUUUCUAAUCAAAGAGUACAACUGGAAUGGUUUAUGGAGCAGAAACGUUUAGAAAUCUAUGGAUAAUAAUUUUGAUUGGUUACAAACACAUUCAGAUUGCUUCAUUCGAACUCCUUUACGAUUAUGCAUGUACGAUGAUGAAUAAUAAAAGUGGAAUAUUUCAUUUAUGAGAAAUCAUUUUAACAUUAAA